CCGAGCAGGGAGCGCCACGAUCAAAAACAAUAACCAAAACCAAAAUCAUUCUGAAAAUUCUGAAUAGUGAACCGCAGUGAACUUCUGUUUUCUGUUAUGUAGUGUUUAUGAACUUUUUAAAAGAGAAAUUUAUAAUUAAAUUCUGAAGAAAUACGAGCAAACUUAGAAGAUCAUAUUACAAAACCAGAAAGAAGUUGGGAAACUUUAAAACAAUGGCAGAAGAAACAAACAACAAGUCCCUCGGAAAGAGUCCAUUGCCGUCGCCAAACAAAAAAGAAUCUCAUUCUUUGACCAAAAUCAACUCUCCUUCAGUCACCAAUGGCAGUUCUUCAACCCAAAAUGAGAAAGAGCAAAAGCCUCGGAAAAGAAAGGAAGGCAGUAGCAAGGAGGAGAAGCCAAAGGACCAAGUUGUGAAGAAAAAGAGGAGGCGACUUAAGGACGCUGCUGCCCCCAAACACCCCAUUUCUGGCUACUUCCGUUUCAUGAAUGACCACCGAGACAGGAUUAAAGCUGAAAAUCCCAAAGCCAACUUUACCAUGAUCACCAAAAUUCUUGCCGCGGAAUGGUCUAAGAUGGGACCAGCUGAUAAACAGCAAUAUCUUGAGGCAGCAGAGCAGGACAAGGAAAGAUACUCAAAGGAGCUGGAAGCUUAUAAGCAAACGGAUGUUUAUAAAAUGUUUGCAAAAAAGAAAAAGGAACGCAAACUGGCAAACAAAAAUAACCCUGCGGCAGUAGAGGUUGUUAAGCCAAAGAUCGAAGUUCCGAAACGACCAAGCAAGCCUGCAAAAUCAGAAAUUUCAAGCACCAAAGAGACCGAUUCUUUUACUCUUGACAUUCCCAUUUUUACUGAGGAAUUCUUAGACCACAACAAAGCUCGUGAGACAGAAUUGAGGCAGCUCAGAAAAUCAACCAUUGACUACGAGCAGCAAAACUCAAUUCUCCAAACCCACCUGGCCAACAUGCAGUCGGCUGUGGAGAAACUGGAAGCCGAAGUUAUGCAGCAGAUAACAAACAACGCUGCUCUGAAACAGCACCUGGAGCACUUGCGCAACAACCUGGUCACUAGCUUGGCACAUUUGCCACUGCCAGGGUCUGGAGAACCUCCCAACUUGCACACAAUCGACAACUAUAUGCUGUCGGUGCAGCAAUUCAGCACUUCUGGUCAUUCCGAGAGCAAAGUGUUUCUGUCUAGUGUUAAAUCUGCCCUGGGAGGCCUCCACUUCUGACUUAUUACUCAACUUCAUGUUUUGCGUUCAAUUAAGUGAAUAAUUAUAGAAUCAAGUAGUCCAUGAAGUAGUUUAUU